ACAUCGCUCUUGUCACAAGGAAGAAGCUUCUGAGUUCGUUGCUGAUUUAUUUCCAUUUUCUCUGUGUGGUGCUUCCGUUGUGACAAAUUUUUAACUAAAGGAUAAUUUAUCCAUCGUCAUGAGUGGUGAGGCAGUGACAGCCGUGUUCUCCUUGCUUGUUGUAAUGAAUAUCGUUGGAAAUUCUCUUGUCCGUGCAAUUAUACGGAAACAUCGAAAUAUGAGGACUUCCAUAAAUCUUCUGAUCUUCAACCUGGCUACCGCGGACAUAUUGUUCGCAUUGUUCAUCACUCCUAAACUGAUCGUAAGCCUCUAUGUAAAGCACCCAGACGGUCCAGCUGGUACAGUUCUUUGCAAGUUAUUAACGGGUGGAAUCUUUGCAUGGGUUUCAGCAGUGUCCUCAGUUUGUACUCUGCUUGCCAUCGCGAUUGAGCGACAUUAUGCAGUGAUGUUCCUACUUGGUAACAGAUGGAACCUUACCAAGCAUAAAGUGAAGAUCAUUAUAAUUUCCUCUUGGCUCUUCUCACUGGUAUUCGUCAGCCCGAUGUUCUUGGGCAUGAAGGUAACCAACGUUAUCUGCAUGGAUACGUGGACUGGAUUAGAGUGGAUUCCAAAAGUUAUGACCUUGGCAGUCGAUGUCGUAGUAUUUGGUCCUCUGCUGGUGAUGGCCGUGUUGUAUUCAAGAGUGGUACACACCUUAUGGUUCAAAAAAAGCGAUGGCAAUCAUGACAGCAAUCAACAAAAAGGUGUGAUGAGGGUUCGGAAACGAGUCACCUUCAUGGUGGUGAUUGUCAGUGUAAUAUUUGCAAUCUGUUGGGGCACCAUCCAAGUGCUGUACAAUUUACUUUACUUCACGUCCUACGAAAUAAGUCCUGUCGUUGUGGUCAUUUCUAAUACGAUGGUUUUGUUCAACUCCGCCGUCAACCCUUUUGUUUACGCUCUGUCCAGCCAAAACUUCAGGGAGAAAGUAAAAGGACUGAUUUGUACCACGACCUCACAAUCAGUGCCAAGCACCCUCACUCUCGAGAACAUUCUCUAA